AAUAUAUGCUGGUCUAGGUCAAUCAAGAAGCAUGUCCAACAGGCUAUCCGUUCUUCAAUUCAUAGAUACUUUAUCAAGAUGACCGGGCCUCUCGGUGCGGAUGAGUCACAAGGGAAGAGACCACAACCGGUUUGUUCAGGUGACGUAGGCUGGCAGCAUCUUAGCACCGCCACAGCACCUCAAUCCAAGUCACCUCACUCCAGCAUCAACAACAACAAACAUCCCAACAAUGAGCCUUAUUCCCAUCAUCUGCACCCACGAGGUGUCAUCUACGGUAAUCGCAUCUAUCUUAUCUAAAGCAUACGAGACCGCACGCAAGAUCGAUUCGCCUGCAAGCCUUCUCCUUCUCACGACAACCAGCGCAGCCGACCUCCAACAAUACACAGAAGGCUCAGCCACCAAGCCACCGGUUGCGUCGUCCCCGUAUCCCUUUCUUUGCUGGGACAUCGGCAAAAUCGCGCGAUUCCUGUGCGAGAAUGCGUCGAUGACGGUGGUAGAUCAUUCUGUAUUUCUUGUCGCGGACGAGAAAACAGCUUUCGAUGAGGAUACGUUGCUCCUUGUUCACAGUGUCGAGAACUCUCAGGUGAGUAUCCGGCUUUCCGCUGGGUAUGCCAACAGUCAGGCGGUGUCGGUCUCGGUUGCGACCACGGAUGUGGGCGAGUUACGGAGCCUGGCGGAUGAGGAUGGGGUGUAUAGAGGGGGUCCGGAGCGCCCGCCGCCGAUAAGGGGAGGUAAGGCGCCUAGGAAGCAAUUGUAGAUAUGAUCGCGACGCGCGUAAGCGCUGAGCGGAUUAGCUCUAGAUAUAGUGUUAGGUGCCACAACGCAGAUAGAAGAUCUUGCCA